AUGUACUCUGCCCUUCGCCGCCGGAUUUCUUCCGCACUUCUGACAAAGAAAACCAUCGCAUAUGGUCUGAAUGUGUCUCGUAGACGGGUGGAGACCUCUCGCCCUGUUCACAAACAAUUCUCCACAUUCUUGACGUCAGGACACCUACGUUCUCGCCCUCACCCCUCACUUCCGGCUGCUUUGCGCCAUGUGCAUGUUCGCGCGUUCUCAUACUCAUCCAUACCUCGGUUCGUGUUACGUGCAUUUAGGGUGCCGGUUGCGACUGCCACCAUAGGCGCAGGGGGAUUCACAUAUGCCAAUUACAAGUUUGAAGAGUUCAAGAAACAAUCGACUGAAUGGAUGUCUACUGUGCAGGACUCCGCCACUGACUUCUUUGACUCUGCCUCUGGGUUGUUCAAGUCGGUCUCGUCCCGUGUAUCCGAGGUCAAGUUACCGGACGUAAAGCUUCCCGAGUUUGAAGCGCCACAGUUCUUCAAGGAUCUUUUCUCGUCGGAAGGGAAUGAUAGCGGGAGUAGUCGAGAUGACCAUGGGCCUAGACAUUCCGGAAAUAAGCACCCAGACGAGGGCGACGCGGCUGCUCUAACUACUUUGUUGGCUGCUAUUACCCUGUCUGCUUCUGAUUCAAAGGCAAACGGAGACGGGGUUCCUCCGGACACACGACAGAAUGGUCUUAUGCAUCUGACUAGGAAACUCAUCGAGGUCCGGAGUAUGCUCUUGAGUAUCGACCAGAGUGAUGCUCUCAAACUGCCGAGCAUCGUGGUCAUUGGAAGCCAGAGUUCUGGGAAGAGCUCUGUGCUGGAAGCCAUAGUUGGACAUGAAUUCCUGCCAAAAGGGAGUAACAUGGUAACACGCCGACCGAUUGAACUCACCCUGAUCCACACCCCAGAUACUCAGGAAGAAUACGGCGAGUUCCCAGCUCUUGGGCUCGGCAGAAUCACCGACUUCUCCAACAUCCAACGCACCCUCACUGACCUCAACCUUGCCGUUCCCGCUUCUGAUGCCGUUUCAAACGAACCUAUAGACUUACGGAUAUACAGCCCUCGUGUACCGGAUCUGACUCUCAUUGAUUUACCGGGAUAUAUUCAGAUCGCGUCUAUGGACCAACCGGAAAGCUUGAAGGAGAAAAUUGCGGGACUUUGUGAGAAGUACAUCCGUGAACCCAACAUCGUCCUCGCUGUGUGCGCGGCAGAUGUUGACUUGGCCAACUCCCCUGCUCUGCGUGCCAGCCGAAAGGUCGAUCCAUUAGGCCUGCGAACGAUUGGUGUCAUCACCAAGAUGGAUCUGGUUCCUCCAGAACAGGGUGCAACGAUACUUUCGGGUAACCGGUACCCACUGCAUUUGGGCUAUGUUGGCGUGGUGUGCAAGCCAUCUGGAAAGAAGGCAAGAAACGAGUCGACUGCCCUUCUCGCAAGAAACGGAGAGAGCGACUACUUUGGCUCACAUCGUGAACACUUUGGCGGAGGGUCGAACUUGAUGGUCGGCACAGACACUCUUCGCAGUCGCCUGAUGGAAGUCUUGGAAUCGUCCAUGGCAUCUUCGCUGCACGGUAUAACCAACGCCGUGCAACUCGAACUCGAGGAGGCACAGUACCAGUUCAAGGUGCAGUACAACGACCGCCGAAUCUCUGCCGAGUCGUAUGUCGCAGAAACGAUGGACGCACUUAAGGCACGUUUCAAAGAGUUCACGGUGCAGUUCCGCAAGCCACAGAUCCGCGCGAAGCUCAAGGCGAUGCUCGACGAUAAGGUACUGAACGUGCUCGAACAGCUGUAUUGGUCGGACAAGCGUGCUGUGGAGCUCUCCGCCCUCGCGGCAGACCCGAAGGUGAAGCCGGAGAACGUGGAGGCGUAUUGGAAGUACAAGCUCGACGCGGCAUCAUCGCUCCUCACCAAAUCCGGCGUUGGGCGCGACUCGACACUGCUCGUUGCGGACGGCCUACGCACGCUAAUCGACUCUAUUGCGUCGGGGGAGCCGUUCAACUUUCACCCCCGCGCGGCGGAGCGUCUCAUCCAGUUCUCGCAUAUGAUCCUACGCGAGCGAAUCGGUAUCACGUCGGACCAGGUGGAGAACUGCAUCAAGCCGUACAAAUACGAGGCUGAUGUAGACUCCCGCGAAUGGGAGGCAGGCCGGACGCAGGCGAUUGAAUUAUUCGAGCGGGAAACGGAGAUGUGCGAGAGCAAGCUCAAAGAGAUUAGCAAGAGAGUUGGCGGCAGCCGGAGAUUGAGCGGCCUGAUGGGAUAUGUGAAGACGCUGGAGGAGAAGGAGAAGGAGCGCAAGCAGAAGAGGCUGAAUGGAAUCGAAGAGGAGCACGCGGAGAAUGCAGCGAGUGUAUCAGAAGAUGAGUAUCGUUAUCCACCGGCACAAGUGCUUGAUGGUCGUCACGCGAUCCUCUGCAGUGAUCGGUUAAGUAUCCUCAAAUUGAGAUUGGCUGCACUAAAGUCGAAGCGGUGUAAGGCGGGUCCCGAGAACGACGUGCUGUGUCCAGAGAUCUUCCUGAAUGCGGUGGCCGACAAGCUGGCGUACACGUCAGCCAUGUUCAUUAAUAUUGAGCUCCUAGAUCACUUCUUCUAUCAGUUCCCGCGAGAAAUUGACUCGCGCCUUCUCUAUGACCUGGACCGCAGAGAGAUUGUAGAGUUCGCUCGGGAGAAUCCAACUGUCAGGCGGCACCUGGAUCUUCAAGAGCGUAAGGAUAAGCUGGAGGAGGCAAGUAGCAUAACCUGCAGAUGCGUCAAGUCGCUAAUAAAGCAUUACACCUCGCCGACAGCGCGGGCUUUUUGGCGGGAUGUUUGA